AGAAGAGAAGAGAGGACGAGUCGCUCCGUCUUCUUCCUCCUCUUCUUCUCACAGGACACAAACCCAACCCGCAUCGGAAUCGGAAUCGGAAUCGGCAUCGGCACCGGCAGCGGCAGCGAGGUCGUCGUCGCCCUCCUCCGCCCGCCCCCCAGCCCACUCCAGGAAUCCGCAACGUCCAUGGACGGCGCGGCUGACUCCGGCACGGCCGGCGCCGCGGCGGCGGCGGCCAAGUGGCGGACCGACGCCUCCAGGGCCUUCCAGUACUACCUCGACCGCUCCACCCCGCACGCCACCGGCCGCUGGCUCGCCACCCUCGCCGUCGCCGCCAUCUACGCCCUCCGCGUCUACCUCGUCCAGGGCUUCUACAUCGUCACCUACGGCCUCGGGAUCUACCUCCUCAACCUCCUCAUCGGCUUCCUCUCCCCCAUGGUCGACCCCGAGGCCCAGGCCGCCGCCGACGGCCCCGCCCUCCCCACCCGCGGCUCCGAUGAGUUCAAGCCCUUCAUCAGGCGCCUCCCCGAGUUCAAGUUCUGGUAUGCAAUUACAAAAGCUUUUCUUGUAGCUUUUGUGAUGACUUUCUUCUCUGUAUUUGAUGUUCCUGUCUUCUGGCCAAUACUUCUCUGCUAUUGGGUGGUUCUUUUCGUCCUCACAAUGAAGCGUCAGAUCGUGCAUAUGAUAAAAUACAAAUAUGUUCCCUUCAACAUUGGGAAACAGAAAUAUGGCGGCAAGAAGAGCGCCGGCAGCCGUUCUUCGAAAGACUGAUUGGCAGCCUACCCACCCUGGUAGGAAAGAUGGAAGGAGCGACAAGAUACAGCCGAUGAUAUUUGAUGUGCUACAUACCAAUUGUAAUAUUUCAUUCAUAUCUAGAGCUAGAAGGAUAUUCACAUGUAUUUCAGACUCAGGUUCACGGUUUAAAUUGAUAUCGUGGUAGAAUGCUUUCUUGGAUGGGUAUAUAGUGCGACUCUUUAAA